GGCGUAGCACUAUUGUCUUUCCACGAUGGCAGACCUCGCGACGGUGAUGCAAAGCAUCAGAAAGAUAGAUGCCACCCUCGGUGUGAUUAGGACCACCCUGCAGCGCCAUGUCCCCGCUGCCAGUCGACUCUCAGGCAAAUCGCGUAAGCGGGCACAGCCGCACUGGACGGAGGCACUUUCUCUUCAAUUGUCCAACCUAUCCAAUGAACUCGAUGACGUUAAGAAAGAAAUGCAGAGAGGCUCGGCCAUCAGCGACACCCACUGCCACAACGUCAAUUCUGCCGAACUAGACGCAGCACAGGACGGUCGAACACGGAUAUCCAAACAGCCACAAGACAAAGACGAGCAGCUGGCUCAGAGGGCUCCAACUCUUCCGCCGAGUUCCCCAACUAACGCAUCGUCUGUUCCAGCUCCGGAUAUGGAAGUUAGGCAGCAGGCAGCAGACGGCGUUCCAUGGAACAAUACGCAGACCACUGCUCCGGAAAUAGCAUCUUCGCUGGGAUUCGGCCAAUCCGGGCCUGCCGGACCUGGGCGUGAGGUAGCCAAAGACAUGACUCCAAGUCAACUUGUGUCGUGUAGAGCCUCGCCUUUAGGAGGCCAGUUGGACUUUAGUCUGUCGGUCGAGGACAUGGGGGAGAAGCUCGUCCCAAAUAUUAUGCGGCUUAUCAAUGACGACAGAUUCACUGGCAUUCUUUCAGUCCAAGGUAUAGGGGAGAUUGACUGGACAAAUUUGAUGAGAUCGAUUCGACCCCCUGAGAAGACUCAUGAGAUUCUGGGGGUCAAAUACUCUAAACCACAUCCCAUCAAAGGAGUUGCAGAGUUAAGAUUGUCUACGCCGAGGAACUUUGCAUUUCCGGACUUCUCCCAAACAAUCAAGGAGCCUUCGCGAGAGGCUUGUUUGGACUAUCUUCGUCAAGUCAUCAAUAAUCCCCCAGAGUCCACGAUUCCUUACUAUAUCGGACUCCCACUCACGCCUACGUUUGACCACCUUCUUCACCCAGGCGAGCCACUUCUAAACAUUUCUCUCAUUGACGGCCUGAAUAAAGUAUACUGGUAUGCCGGCGAAGAAGGGUCAGGAUCUCCAUUCCAUUGUGAGGAUUGGAAACUCUACUCUUACAACCUUGUCUUGUACGGCUGGAAGCUCUGGAUUAUGAUCCGACUCAGUCAUACUAAAAAAUUUGAAGCCUUCAUCAGAAAGUGCUGUCCGAGUAACAGUUGCGAUCAAUUUGUUCGCCACAACUCUUUAUUGGUUAGUCCGGAGACACUUCAAAAGCACGGCAUCGAAUUUGAUAUCCACGUCGCUGGACCCGGCCAAAUGGUCGUGACAAGACCGGAGCAAUACCACGCGGUCGUGAACAUCACUAGAAAUAUGGCUAUAGCCAUUAAUUUCGCCCCUCCAGAUAGAGCAGUCCGGCCUGAUGAUCUAUGUGUAUGUUCAAAGUGCGGGUUAUAUGCACUACAGUGUGAAGGUAUCAGAAAGGUCCCCUCUGAACCGACAUUGCCGGCAAGCACAAAUCUUGCUGGGAAGCGCCAAGGUAGUGGAGAUGCUUCGCAUUUGCGAGAGAAACGACAGAGGCGUGAAGACCCUAUCCAGCCUCGAAAGAAGCGACGAAUCGGUGGGAACGCUGCAAAGUCCCAAACAUCAAUGGGAUCACUCAAGACGACACAAAGCUCCCAAGCCUUGAGAAAGACAGUGGAGCAAAUAAAAGAGAUUGACAAGCUCUGCCACUUGCCAUCACUAAGGGAGAAGCCGCCCGUCCACGUUUUGAAACUAAUAGCAGCAAUCGGGAGCCGAGUUGCCAUCCAACAGUUCAUCACCCUUGUCGCUGACAGAAGGGACCUAAGCAAUACUACACGAAUGGAUACUAGCGGAGAUCCAUCUUCGCGCGCCAUGCAAUAUGCGCACCGAAUCAAGAUUUCUGAGCGGAAAUCGAUGCUCGAAAGAUUCCUAAUCCGAGUCAACCAAGUCUCUUUUGUGCAGGAGCUCGAUAGGUCAAAAAAUGGCAGGAUAAGGGUGGAUGAGAAGCUGCUGCGGGUGAUCGAAAAAAGAACUGGGUGGUCAACACCAACUCUAGAGCAUCAUCGCAAGAUGGGCAAUAAGUGGAAGCGUAUUUGUGGUGACUUCGAUGGUCUCUUAUGCUUCAUCUUUCUCGAUCCGAAAAACCCGUUCAGUGUACUACCAGAACAGUACCAGAACAUGAACGAUGAAGACCUCGAGAUAUUUCAUCGGCUAUUGAAGGACGAUUAUUUUGAUUCAAUACGCUCUGCCGGAAAAGCUUUUCAGAAGUCUCUCAACAGUGCGGUGGCGGACAUCGAGUUUUGCUGGGAAUCAAGGAAGGCUCCUCUGGGCCGUCUUUCCGAGGCUGAAUUACUCUUAUACCUCAAUCCAUUUCCCACGGUUUCGGAAAAUAUUUAUGACGAAGGCAAAUUUUCAAAACGGCCCAGGCCUCCCGCGUGGCCCGAAGACUGGCAAUGGCCCGAAGAUCCAACAUGGUUACAUCCUGACUCGCGACAGUGCGACCUAUGUCUACAGACGAAGUGCGACUGUAUAAAGACUAAGAUCGCUUCAAAGCUCAUGCCCCGAAUUAAGGAUUAUGGGCCUAAGGGGCGAGGACUUCAAGCGGUGGCGCAUGCACCCGGAUAUCACGCAUAUAAGAAGGGUGAUAUUCUUGGAGAGCUUACGGGAGUUCUCGAACCUUUGGGCAGGUAUAGGAGCGAUACAUGGACCCUGGAAAUGGUGAGGGAGGACCUAGAUGACCAAAAUCACCACCAGCAUGACCUAAGGGUCUGUCAAAUCCGUUGCGCCGACAAAAGCAGUUACUUCAGGCUAGCGAAUCAUGCUUGCAGGCCAUCUGUAAGAUUGGUGGGAAAGCCUAUCUCUGGGAGGUAUAGAUGGGUAUUCAUCGCCGCGAGACACAUUUUACAUGGCGACGAGAUCACCGGUAACUUUGGGAAAAGGUCGCUGAGGGGCACAAAUUGUCUUUGUAUUGAUUGUGCAGCUGAAUAGCUAGACGACAUGUCUACUCAGAAAUAUCUAAGGGUAUGCAGAUCCUGUCGGGCCCCAGCGUACGAAGCAGAUACAACUCAUUUCCAAUUACCAAAGGGAGGUUCGUAAGUUGACGUACCAGGGGAGUGUGAUAGGUUUCGUGAAAACAAUCCGG